AUGUCGAGGAGAAAGACCAGAGAGCCCAAGGAGGAAACCGUUACUCUAGGACCUGCUGUUCGUGAUGGAGAGCAAGUGUUUGGUGUUGUUCACAUCUUUGCUUCUUUCAAUGACACUUUCAUUCAUGUAACUGAUCUGUCUGGAAGAGAAACUCUUGUCCGUAUCACCGGUGGGAUGAAGGUGAAGGCUGAUCGUGAUGAGUCAUCUCCUUAUGCUGCUAUGCUUGCUGCUCAAGACGUUGCUCAAAGAUGCAAGGAGCUAGGCAUCACAGCAAUGCACGUGAAGCUCCGUGCAACUGGAGGAAACAAAACCAAGACUCCAGGACCUGGUGCUCAGUCUGCUCUCAGAGCUCUUGCUCGUUCUGGCAUGAAGAUUGGUCGUAUUGAGGAUGUGACUCCAGUUCCCACAGACAGUACACGUAGAAAGGGUGGACGAAGAGGAAGAAGACUCUGA